AUGACCAGGCGAGGCGCUGGCGGCCUGGCACUGUCGCCAGGCGCCCAGGCUGGCCGCGCGGCCGCCCGAAAGCGCGGGGCCCGGCCCCACCCCGGCGACUCCCGGGCGCUCACUCCAAAGUGGAGGUCAGAGUCGGAGUCGCGCCGGGCUCCUGCGGCCACUCCCGACCGGGAACGUUCGCCCAGCCCGGCCUGCCCGGCCCGACCUACUCACUGCGGCUCGGCGGGGCCGGGGCGGGGGCCGCGGCUGGCCGCUCCCGGCGCGCUGGGCUCCCUCCCGCCGACCCGCCGGUGCGCUCGGCUGGCCCCGCCGCCCGGGGCUGUCCGCCCGGCCCGCCGCCCCGAGGGCGGCCCCUUCCGGAGCGCGGCCGCCCAGCCCAAAAAACCAAAGGUGUAUCAAGGUGUCCGGGUGAAGAUCACGGUGAAGGAGCUGCUGCAGCAGAGAAGGGCUCACCAGGCAGCCUCAGGGGGAACCCUGUCCGGAGGGAGCAGUGUCCACCUUUCAGAUCCAGUCACACCACCUUCUGCAGGAGUGUAUUUUGAACCUGAAUCAAUUUCUUCCACACCUAAUUAUUUUCAACCGCGAGAAUUUUCCAGUUGUGUUUCUUGUGAAGAAAACCCAAGCUUCCUUGACCAGAUCUUGGAUUCCUACCUUCAGACAGAGACACAUCUGGACCCUUUGCUCAAUUCCUCGCAAAGUACUCCACACUGCUUCACGGACAGCUUCCAGGCUGCCCCUUUCUGCUUCAACCAGAGCCUGACCCCAGGGUCACCUUCAGAUUCCUCCACUCUCUCUGGCUCCUUAGACUUCGGUUACUCGCCGGCUCAUCUACCUUCCUAUACACCAGAGAAUUACAAUUCUACCCCUUCUCUGGACACCAGAAACUGUGGCUAUCCCUCAGAAGACUACUCCUACCCUCACUUGCCCUCCCACGCCCAAUACGACUGCUUCUUCCCAGCCUCGACCUCAGGCUGCUACUGUGUGUCCUGCGAGGCUGAACACUUGGCCACCAUCAGAGCAUCUGAGUACAUUUCCUGUCCCAGCACAGACUGUAUGACCCUGGAUCCCUCAGCAGCAGCAGGCAGUGAUUUCUACAUGCAGGAAACAAACUGUGACAUCUGCUACAGCUCAUAG